GUGCUCUCGCGUGAACUUGUGUAGAACGUCAUCACCCCAUCUCGGGGCCCUAGUAACGUCCGUAGCGUCUUGGGGAGAUAAAGCAACAAGAUGGGUUUGCUGUCAAUCCUUCGGAAGCUAAAGAGCACACCAGAUCAGGAGGUUCGGAUCUUGUUGCUGGGUUUGGACAACGGGGGAAAGACCACUCUGCUGAAACAACUGGCUUCCGAGGACAUCAGUCACAUCACCCCCACACAGGGCUUCAACAUAAAGAGUGUUCAGUCUCAGGGUUUUAAGUUGAAUGUGUGGGACAUCGGGGGACAGAGGAAGAUCAGACCCUACUGGAGAAACUACUUUGAGAACACUGAUGUGCUGAUUUACGUCAUCGACAGUGCAGACAGAAAAAGAUUUGAGGAGACGGGGCAGGAGCUGGCUGAGCUGUUAGAUGAGGAGAAGCUGAGUGGGGUUCCAGUGCUGAUCUUUGCCAACAAGCAGGACCUGCUGACGGCAGCCCCAGCAUCUGAGAUUGCUGAGGGACUCAACCUGCACACCAUCCGGGACCGCGUCUGGCAGAUCCAGUCCUGCUCUGCCCUCACCGGGGAGGGGGUACAGGACGGAAUGAACUGGCUCUGCAAGAGUGUCAAUGCUAAGAAGAAGUAGCACAGAUGUCCGUUUUCACACACCCCUGAGCCUUUGGGAGGACAGGGUGUACCUGUGAAUGUACACACUAAAUCAACAUGGACUUGAAGAGUUUUUAACCGCCUGGCUGGCUUCUACACAUUGUUUACUAAACUACAACUCUCGCUAGAACUACAACUUCCAUGUUGCUCUUCAAAAUGGAGUGGGGGUACAAAGGGAACUCAUCCCAGAGACCCCCCUCCCCAGCCUAACCAUCCCAUCUCCAGCCUGUCCUAACCAUCCCACCUCCACCCUGUCAAGACAUUCCACCCCAGCCUAACCCUCCCAACUCUAGCCCAUCAAGACAUUCUAGCCUAACCAUCCCACCUGCACUCCUUCAAGACAUUCCAGCCUAAUCAUUCCACCUCCACUCCUUCAAGACACUCCACCCCAGCCUAACCAUCCCACCUGCACUCCUUCAAGACAUUCCAGCCUAAUCAUUCCACCUCCACUCCUUCAAGACACUCCACCCCAGCCUAACCAUCCCACCUCCACUCCUUCAAGACACUCCACACCAGCCUAACCAUCCUACCUCCACUCCUUCAAGACACUCCACCCCAGCCUAACCAUCCCACCUCCACUCCUUCAAGACACUCCACCCCAGCCUAACCAUCCCACCUCCACUCCUUCAAGACACUCCAUCCCAGCCUAACCAUCCCACCUCCACUCCUUCAAGACACUCCACACCAGCCUAACCAUCCCACCUCCACUCCUUCAAGACACUACACCCCAGCCUAACCAUCCUACCUCCACUCCUUCAAGACACUCCACCCUAAGACAUUCCAGAUCUUUAUACUGUCCUUCACCACAAUAUCAGCCUAUUCACUCACUCUUUACAGGUUGUCCUGGAAACCCAGCUCUCUUCUCUCUCUCCUAGCCUGGGUGCCAGUCUCUUUAGCUUAGAUUCCACUCCUUGUGCUCUGUGUCAUAUAUUCCAAAGCAUGACAGGAGUGGAUUGAUAGCCAAAGAGACUGUUAUCCAGACUACCUUUCUACCCUCUCAUUCUCUCUCAUCACUCUCCCUCAUAUUCUCCUUCGUUCAGUUUGUUCAGUUGUUUUUAAUUCCAUGACAAGCUCCUUUCUUGCUGCAGUUCUGUUUGAAGUGAGGUAUAUUUUUGUAAUUCUUUAUUUAUGGUGAAGUAGAGGGUAAUAGCGUACUGUGAGAUGCUCGCAAACAACAGUUUGUGGUUACUAGGAGGACAGGGAAACAUUGAAUACUGUGCUUUACUCCCCUGUGAAAAGGUUAUGCGUGUUAAUAUGUAAAAAAAAAAUAUAUAUAACAAAACAAAUAAAUACACUUUAGGGCUAAUCUGAAAUGGCACCCUGUUACCUAAAUAAUGAACUAGUUUCGGCCACAGCCCAUUUGAGUAGAGCUCUACAUAGCGAAUAGUGUGCCAUUUCGGACAAAGCCUAUUCAAUCAAAUGGAAAAAAUACAAAUUUUUUGAUGAUCAAUUAAGCAAUAAUGCACGAGGGGGUGUGGUAUAUGGACAAUAUACCACUGCUUAGGGCUGUUCUUAUGCACAACGCAUCGCAGAGUGCCUGGACACAGCCCUUAGCCAUGGUAUAUUGGUCAUGUAUCACAAACCCCCGAGGUGCAUUAUUGCUAUUAUAAACUGGUUACCAACGUAAUUAGAGCAGUAAAAAUAAAUGUUUUGCCCGUGGUAUAGAGUCUGAUAUACCAUGACUGUCAUUCAAUCAGCAUUCAGCGCUCAAACCACCCAGUUUAUAAUUGUAUAUAACCCCAUUCAUAUGUUAUGUGCAUAUAGUAGAGUGCGUAUUAGACCUGUACUAUGUAAUCUAUCAUAUCUGCAUAUGUCAUAGGUGUUGGUCGAUUUGUAUGACAAUGUAUUUCUCGGUGUGAUGCAUUGUCUUUGGUUUUAGAGGGCAUUUACACAAAAGGCUUUUUCCUUUUGAAUGUGAUCUGUCCAAGGAUUGAAGGUAGGUGAAUAAAAUGUGAGGGGGGAAAAAGA